GUUUUUUUGAGUCAGUUCAACAGUUUAGAAGACUCUAAGAGAUUUUACACCACAAACAUUAAUUAGCUAUGAUUAGGAAAGUUUUGACUUACUGCUCUGAAAAACACGAGUUCAGUGAAAGUCAAAGUUACGAGGAGCACCUGAAGGCAGCAGCGGCUGAAGCUUCAUGUGACGGACUAACGCCGUGGUAACAGGUGAACAUGAACAGUGGAAAGAGUCCGGUCCUGAAGAUUAUCCUCAUAGGAGACAGUGGGUAAAGUAAAGUUUCUGAGCUGUUAUAUUAUUAUUCUUUAAAAAGUUUUUAACAGACUCUUUUUCGACAGCAGUUUCACUUUCGAUAAUCUCAGUCUGUGAUUUAUUGUAAAACUGCGGUGUAAAUCCUGGUGGUGAUCCCAAAAAUGUCCGAAUCAGAGGUCAAGAGUGUGUUUCAGAUGUGUAUUACCCUAAAAUUAGUGUGUGUGUGUGUGUGUGUGUGUGUGUGUUUGUGUGUGUGUGUGUGUGUGUUUGUGUGUGUGUGUGUGUUUACACAGGGUGGGAAAAUCCUCCUUCAUGAACAGGUAUGUGAAUCACCGCUUUACGGGUGCGUACCGGGCCACCGUCGGGACAGACUUCCUCUGUAAAGAAGUCAGCAUAGACGGGAAAACUGUCAUCCUACAGGUAGGCACAUGUGCAGUGAAACACAACCAAAUGAAGAUUUGUGGAAAAAUGUGUGACAGAAGUCUUCCUCCUCAGAUUUGGGACACAGCAGGCACAGAAAGGUUCCAGUCCCUGGGCACUCCUCUGUAUAAAGGGGCCCACUGCUGCAUGCUGGUGUUUGAUGUCACAUCCAGAGCUAGUUUCUCUGCACUGGAGGGAUGGAGGCAGGAGUAUCUGAUCCAGGGUGAUCCCCAAGACCCUUUUGAUUUCCCCUUUAUUGUACUGGGCAACAAAACGGAUCUGGGCACCAGGGAGGUGAGUCAAAGUGGCACCUUGGUAUAAUAUAUGAAAUGAUCAAAAAGCCAUCCACAAAUAGUAGGGAUACUGUGCAGUCACUCUUCUAAGACAUGUAGUAGGCAAGACCGUUAAAAGUUAUCAGCUUUAAAGCAGUUGGAGAAAAACUGUAACGCAAAGUUAGAUGUAUUCAUUUUAAUUCUAUUCAUUCAACAAGCUGCUGAAGUCCAGAGAGCUGGUGGUUCAUGUCAGCUGAUAACUGAUGAAGCACUCUGCUGGAAACAAGUUUGUGUAAUCAGAACCGACUCUCAUAACUGGUUCCUGGAUCUCUAUAAGACAUUUUAAAUGACAAUAUGUCUUCUUCCUCUGUUAUUUCAUUUUAGUCUUUGUGUUUCUGACUGUGGAUCAUACAACCCACUGAGCAUUUUUUGGUCUAAAAGAGGUCAAGUAGAUGUCUUAAUGUAGCCUAGACGACCAGUCUAAAAUCAGGCUACCACAGGUCUAAAAAUGAAAGUUCUAAAUUUAGACCAAGCCUAAAUCUGAGCUGUAUCUAUACUAUACUGUAUAUUGCUAAACCGUUAUCAUAAUUACUUUGGUUAAGUACUUGGAGAUCAGUUAUGAAACUCACAGUUGCUUUUAGAAAUAGUUAUCGAAUAAUGGGUUAAAGUGCAACAUCUACAUUCCAUCUAAAAAUAUACAGAAUCUAGAUGGUUGAAAUUAGGUCUAAAAAAUAACUUGACGUCUAAUAGCCGUCUAUUGCUCAGUGGGAAAACAAGACUUCUUAGUGUAAAUUACCAUGAGGUUUGUGACAGGCACAUUUUACUCCUGUCGAUCAACUGGUGUUAAAUUUGAACAUUAAUCUGCAUUAGAAAUAUUUGAUACCACUGAAAAAUAAUCACACUGAAAUUAACACAUUUAAACAACUUAAUCUACUCCUGCAUCCUGCUACUUGGUACAGUAACCAUGUCUGAAUCCAUACACGGAGAAGCAACAGUAGCUUCUCCUGAUAACCCAUGUAGUGGCACGGGUAUUAAGUUCCACUAAGUUUCACACCAUAGAUGCUUCUAACAAGGUUUGAUGUUUGCACUAUGGUCAUCUUGCUGUCCAGGUUUCAAGCAGGCUGGCCCAGCAGUGGUGUGAAGAAAUAGGAGCUGAAUACUUUGAAGGAACAGCUAAAGAGGAUCUGGGUGUGGAAAAGCCAUUCCUGAAGGCGGCUCAGAGAGGCCUGCAACAGGUAUGUGUGUUGUUCUUAUCUUUUCAGUGAAAAUAACAGACACGACAUCUAUGUUUAACAUGUUUAUUUUUUGAUGAUAAAAGAUACAUUACUCCCUACAGUACAAAAAACACACAUUGGAAAAUACAGGACAUUUCCAGAUAACCUGCAAACAGCCGAGAGAAACUCGCAACACCUGUGAAUGCUGAGCAGCACUCGUCCCAGUGUGGGAGGGAAAGUUCAGAGAGACCUCGGCACUGCUGAUGAUGACCUAUCUAACAAGGGUGCAAAAAUAGUGACCCACCAAAGGUACUGUGGAAGGAAAGGACACAAUUGUAUACCACAUGGAGAGAGGAACAAACUCAUUAAAUGUUUUUUUCUUUUUUUGAGAACCUUCAGCUUAUGGUCUAACUUAAGGCAUCACUACUAAAAUACACUGCUUUUGCAUGCAUGUCUAGUUUUGUUCAACAGACACACUGACACGCACAAAAAUUAUGAAUGCAUAUGAAGAGAAAGUUCAUUUCUAGAAAGGAAUCAGGAGAAACCACAAACGUAAACCAAGGUGCGAGCCGAAGAAAAGGCGGCAGGCGAAAACCUUGGAUCCGAUCGUUCUGGCUGGUACCAUCAUUUCUGAAUCCGCCCUUACAAAGUAGAUAUACACUCAUGUCCAGUCAGAAACCUCCUCCCUGUACAAGGUUGUAUUGUGAUGAACCUAGCAGUGAUUCAGACUCCUACAGUGAAUCAGCCUGACAGAAGCAAAUUAGAACAAUCAGGGAGACUAUAUAUAUAUAUUUAUAUAUAUGUUUCUUUUAUAAGUAAAGACACAAAAGGCAAUCGAGAGAUGACCAACAUGUAAAAACUGUUUGUUACAGGUAAUUAUAUAAAAGGCCAAGAUGUUUUUUGAUUUUAUUCUUACUCUAUGAACGAACUAAUUUACAGGUGAGUACACUCCGGCCAUGUAAGCUUCCUUCAGAUAUCCCCCCCCUUUCAAAUUCAUCCGUACUGACACGUCACAGCUAGCUUGCACACCAUCUGUAGUCUGAAAUACAGAGCCGUGGAAGGAAAAAAAUUAAAAAUUUAUUUUCAUGGAUUCACAUACAUUAAUAGGAUCGGGAAAUUAUGCCUACUAAUAUAAGUUCCCAUUCUAAAAAUUAAAGAAGAGGUGAGACCACAUUCAUGAGCAUAAAAAGUGUAGGACAGAUGAUGGGAAAUCAGGGAGGAUAUGAAAAGAUCUGAUGGUGUUUUCCUCAUACCCUGUGAGAAUUUAGGUUUGGCAAAAAAAGCAACACAAGCACUGAGUAGUAAACAAAGUCAUAACUCUCCUUUCCCGGGUCCACUUCAAAGUUCCCUUCAGUCCUAUAACCUCUGCGGUUCUACUUGGAACAAAUACAAAAGUCUUUCUCGCUUUCAUUACCAUCUGAUAACAUCAAGAACAUACAACCAACCAAGUGAAGAUUUUUAAAAAUAUAGUGGCAACCUCAACACAGCCACCCAUCUUCCCACGAACACAAACUAUGGGGAUGAACAACAGUUAAAAAAAGUGAUGUUUUUAAAAAUGCACAACAUACACAUACACACAGGAGAAAAAAAAAAAAGCUUAAAAAAUACAAAAAUAAACUACACAAAAGAUCU